GCCUGCAGCCGCCCGCCGGGCCGACGUUCCCCGGGAAUGCGCGAGCCCUGGACGGGAGCGGCCGAGGCGGUUGGGCGGAGGCGGAGCAGGCGCCAUGUCAGCCCGGGAAGUGGCCGUGCUGCUGUUGUGGCUGAGCUGCUGUGGGUCGGCCGUUUGGAGAUUAAGUUAGAGUAUGAAGGAACAUUAUUUACUGAGUGGAGUGUGCCAGAAACUUGUUUUGUGCUAAAUAAAAGCUCACCCACGACAGUAUUGCGUUGUUCCUCACCUGGUGUUCAUGCUAUAAAACCAAUUGUUACCGGCCCAGAUGAAGAAGAACGCUAUUUAUUUGUGGAAAGUUCUCAUACUUGCUUUCUGUGGUACUAUAGAGUUAGACAUUUCCUUAACAACUUUACCCAGCUUAUCACUGUGUGGGCAUAUGAUCCAGAAAGUGCAGAUCCUGAUGAGUUGCUCGGGAAUGCAGAAGAACCUUCAAUAAAUUCCAUAGUACUCAGCACACAGAUGGCCACAUUGGGACAGAAGCCUGUCAUACAUUCAGUUCUGAAGAGAAAAGUUCAUUCUUCAAAUGAGAAAAUGAAAAGGGGGACCUGGCGUAUUGUAGUACCAAUGACAAAAGAUGAUGCACUAAAGGAGAUUAGAGGAAACCAAGUUACUUUUCAAGAUUGCUUUAUUGCAGAUUUUCUUAUUCUGUUGACUUUUCCUUUGUCGACCAUACCUGAAAUUCCUGGUUAUUUACCAAUCUCCUCACCACGUGGUAGUCAAUUAAUGGCAUCCUGGGAUGCUUGUGUAUUUGCAUCUGUUGUUUUGGUAACUGAUAUGGAGACCUUUCAAACAACUGAUUCAUUCAAAUCCUGGACCAGAAUCCAAGUGCCUCCAGACAUUCUGAGUAAUGAUGAAAGACGGAGUGUGGCUGAUGUGAUCUUAUCGCGGGAUGGAACCGUUUUUCUUAUAAAUGGUGUUCUUUACAUAAACAGUUUUCAUGGAUUUAUAAGACUGGGAGGAACUGUAAAUCUUCCUGAUGGUGGAAUUACUGGCAUUUCAUCAAGAAAAUGGUGUUGGGUCAAUUAUUUAUUCAAGGCUAAAGGAAGAAGAAGCACCUUUGCAAUCUGGACAGAAAAUGAAAUUUACCUCGGAUACAUUCUUCUUAAAUUUACCAGAUUACUAACUACCGCAGAACUGAAAAACAUCCUAAAUCUAUCAGUAACUGCUACUCUGACUAUAGACAGGGUUGAGUACACAGGACACCCUCUGGAGAUUGCUGUGUUUUUAAAUUAUUGCACUGUAUGUACCAUCACCAAAAAGAUUUUCUUAGUGAUAUAUAAUGAAGAUACAAAACAGUGGGUUUCCCAAGACUUUACAUUAGAUGCCCCUAUUGACAGUGUUAUCAUGCCACAUUUUACAUUUUCAGCACUGCCAGGAUUACUGCUGUGGAACAAGCAUAGUAUCUACUAUUGUUACCAUAAUUUCACCUUUACUGGGAUUUUACAGACACCUGCAGGACAUGGAAAUCUAUCAAUGCUAUCAAAUAACAGCAUUAUUCAUGAAGUUUUAAUAGAUUAUUAUGGAGAUAUUUUGGUAAAAAUGGAAAAUAAUGUAAUAUUUUAUUCCAAGAUUAAUACUAGAGAUGCAGUAAAGCUGCAUUUAUGGACAAAUUACACAACAAAAGCAUUCAUUUUCUUAAAUACAUCUGGUCAAACAUAUUUCUUGUAUGCUUUGGACGAUGGCACAAUACAAGUACAGGACUAUCCCUUACAUCUGGAAGCAAAAAGUAUAGCUUUCAAGACAAAAGACAAAUGCCCAUACGUGGCAUUUCAUAAUAAUGUUGCUCGUGUUUUUUACUUUUUGGACAAGGGAGAGGCUCUGACAGUUUGGACUCAAAUUGUCUAUCCAGAAAACACUGGUCUGUAUGUUAUUGUGGAAUCUUAUGGCCCAAAAAUAUUACAAGAGAGUCAUGACAUUUCCUUUGAAGCUGCCUUUGGAUACUGCACCAAAACUCUGACACUAACAUUUUAUCAGACUGUAGAUUAUGAGAGAAUAUCUGAUUACUUUGAGACGCAGGACAACCACACGGGGCUUGUGGUGGUUCAAUUUCGACCUAGUGAAUAUUCAAAAACAUGUCCAAUGGCCCAAAAGGUGUUCCAAAUAGCUGUUGGCUGUGAUGAUAAAAAAUUCAUUGCAAUUAAAGGAUUUAGUAAAAGAGGAUGUCAUCACCAUGAUUUUUCAUACGUGAUUGAAAAGUCAUAUCUGAGGCAUCGACCAUCUAAAAACUUGAGAGUAAGGUAUAUUUGGGGAGAAUAUGGCUGCCCUCUGAGGCUUGACUUCACAGAAAAGUUUCAACCUGUGGUUCAACUAUUUGAUGAUAAUGGCUAUGUUAAAGACAUUGAAGCAAAUUUCAUAGCGUGGGAAAUACACGGCAGGGAUGACUAUAGCUUUAAUAAUACUAUGGCACAGAGUGGUUGUUUACAUGAAGCACAGACAUGGAAGUCAAUGAUUGAACUUAACAAGCACCUCCCACUAGAAGAAGUCUGGGGACCUGAGAACUAUAAACACUGUUUUUCUUAUGCUAUUGGAAAACCAGGAGACUUAAAUCAACCAUACGAGAUUAUCAACAGUUCUAAUGGUAACCAUAUAUUUUGGCCCAUGGGCCAUUCUGGAAUGUAUGUAUUUCGUGUGAAGAUCCUGGAUCCAAACUAUAGUUUCUGUAACCUAACAGCUAUGUUUGCAAUAGAGACAUUUGGACUGAUUCCCAGUCCAAGUGUCUACCUGGUAGCUUCUUUCCUCUUCGUCCUGAUGCUGCUCUUCUUCACUAUUCUUGUUUUGAGCUACUUCCGGUACUCUGUGACUCCCACAUGGCAUGAAAAAAUGAACUAAAUUUGACUGUUACAAUCCUUGUGCAGGCAAUCAAGAAUGGAAGAUCACAAGCAAGAUGAAAUUCCACGGGCAUUGAUCAAAGCUGUUGUCCACAAAGAAUUUCUCAUUUUACCAAAAUCAAGAAUAUGACAGAGAUACCUGCUGUUCAUCGCUGUUUUGAAAGUUCUGACAUCACAGGAGAAAAAUAAAAUAAACAGUACAAAUGCUGGGAAAAAAGAGACAAAAUCCUCUCUUUAAAUAAUAUUAUGUGCUAAGAAAGUCCAAAAUUCACAACAAGUUUUACCAGAAUAAGAGAAUUUGAUGGCUCUAUACUAGACAAAUAUUUACAAAUCAAUACUUUCUCUAUAACAGUUACAAUCUGUUAGCAAUAGAAAUUAUUCAUUGCAGUGACAAAUUAUAUAAAUUUAAUAUGAGAAGAACAUGACCUAUAUGAAGAAAACUUUAAAAUAUUUAAUGAAAGAGGUGAAACAAGAUCUGAAACUAGAUAGGGGGAGAAAAGACAAACUACCCAAUAGAAAAUGAGCAAAGUUGCAGUCAUCUCACAAAACAGCAUAUCCAAACAGCCAAUAAACAUAUUU